AGAAAACUGGAAAGAUCCUGACGGAGUUCCUUCGUUACUAUGAGGACCAGUAUGGCGUCGCCCUCUUCAACAGCAUGCGCCACGAGAUCGAGGGCACCGGGGCGCCGCAGGCCCAGCUGCUCUCGCGGAAGGUGCCCCUGGAUGAGCGCAUCAUCUUCUCGGGGAACCUCUUCCAGUACCAAGAAGACAACAAGAAGUGGAGGAACCGCUUCAGCCUCGUGCCCCACAACUACGGGCUGAUCCUCUACGAGAACAAAGUGGCCUAUGAGCGGCAGGUCCCACCCCGGGCUGUCAUCAACAGCGCAGGCUACAAAAUCCUCACCUCUGUGGACCAGUACCUGGAGCUGGUUGGCAACUCCUUACCAGGGAUCACAUCAAAAUCAGGCACUGCCCCCAUCCUUAAGUGCCCCACGCAGUUCCCACUCAUCCUCUGGCAUCCUUCUGCACGUCACUACUACUUCUGCAUGAUGACGGAAGCCGAGCAGGAGAAGUGGCAGGCUGUCAUGCAGGACUGCAUCCGGCACUGCAACAACGGGAUCCCUGAAGACUCCAAGGUGGAGGGCCCCGCGUUCACGGACGCCAUCCGCAUGUACCGCCAGUCGAGGGAACUGUACGGCACCUGGGAGAUGCUGUGUGGGAACGAGGUGCAGAUCCUGAGCAACCUGGUGAUGGAGGAGCUGGGCCCUGAGCUGAAGGCGGAGCUCGCCCCACGGCUGAAGGGGAAACCGCAGGAGCGACAGCGGCAGUGGAUCCAGAUCUCCGACGCCGUGUACCGCAUAGUGUACGAGCAGGCCAAAGCGCACUUUGAGGCGGUGCUGUCCAAGCUGCUGCUGGCCCGGCCGGCCAUGGAGGCGGUCAUCCGCACCGACAUGGACCAGAUCAUCACCUCCAAGGAGCACCUGGCCGGCAAGAUCCGCGCCUUCAUCCUUCCCAAGGCGGAGGUGUGCGUCCGGAACCACGUCCAGCCCUACAUCUCGUCCAUCCUGGAGGCCCUCAUGGUGCCCACCAGCCAGGGCUUCACCGAGGUGCGGGAUGUCUUCUUCAAGGAGGUCACCGACAUGAACCUGAACGUCAUCAAUGAGGGCGGAAUCGACAAACUGGGCGAGUACAUGGAGAAGCUGUCCCAGCUGGCCUACCACCCUCUCAAGAUGCAGAGCUGCUACGAGAAGAUGGAGCCGCUGCGGCUCGACGGGCUGCAGCAGCGUUUCGACGUGUCCAGCACGUCCGUGUUUAAGCAGCGAGCCCAGAUCCACAUGCGUGAGCAAAUGGACAAUGCCGUGUACACCUUCGAGACCCUCCUGCACCAGGAGCUGGGCAAGGGGCCCACCAAGGAGGAGCUGUGCAAGUCCAUCCAGCGGAUCCUGGAGCGCGUGCUGAAGAAAUACGACUAUGACAGCAGCACCGUGCGGAAGCGCUUCUUCCGGGAGGCGCUGCUGCAGAUCACCAUCCCGUUCCUGCUCAAGAAGCUCGCCCCCACCUGCAAGUCGGAGCUGCCCCGGUUCCAGGAGCUGAUCUUCGAGGACUUUGCCAGGUUUAUCCUGGUGGAGAACACGUACGAGGAGGUGGUGCUGCAGACGGUCAUGAAGGACAUCCUGCAGGCCGUGAAGGAGGCAGCCGUGCAGAGGAAGCACAACCUGUACCGGGACAGCGUGGUCCUGCACAACAGCGACCCCAACCUGCAUCUGCUGGCCGAGGGCUCACCCAUCGACUGGGGUGAGGAGUAUGGUGGCAGUGGUGGCGGCAGAGGGGACAGUGGCAGCCCCAGCCCCGGUGCCCAGGAAGCAGCCACCACCUGGGAGAAGCGACGGCGAGCCAAGCAGGUGGUGUCCGUGGUCCACGAUGAGGAGGCAGGGCUGCCCUUCGAGGCUAGCCCUGAGCCACUGUCACCUGCGUCCCUGGACAGUGUCACUGAGGUCCGUGACCUGCUGGCCCAGGAUCUGCGAGCUGAGAGUCCCCCACCGGCCUGCCCCCUGAUCAAUGGGGCCCCCGUGCAGAAUAGCUCCCAGCCCGUGAUCAUCCUGCCAGCUUCGGGCUCACCACCUGCGGGCUCACCACCUGCGGGCUCACCACCUGCAGCCUCCUCGCCACCUGCGACCUCUUCACCACCUGCAUCCUCCUCACCACCUGCCUCGAUUGUCCCCACCCCCACCCCCGUCCCGCAACUCCCAACUGGAAAGGCUGUGGACCUCGAGCCUUCGAAGCCCAAUGACCAGGAGACCGGGGAACAGGAGUCCAGCCCUGGAGGCCGCCCCCCCAUCCACACCACCACCGAGGACAGCGCAGGGGUGCAGACUGAGUUCUAGGCUGUCGCACCUGAGCUGCUGUUGGACAAGGCACACGGGCCCCUCCCUCUGAGGCACUGACAAGCUUGGCUCCGGCCGGAGCAGGGAUCUGUGCCUCGGGGUGGGGCUGGGCCCGGAUGAGCCCACCUGAAGUCACUUUAUUGGGUUCGGUCCUACUUUGUUUUCUCUUCUGGAGGUGAUCUCAGCUUUCCUGCUUGUGCUGGGGGCCGAGCGUAGCUGAGGGAGCUGGGGAGCACCUAGUGGCCCCAGUUCUCUGGGUCCUCCCUUUCUGUCUGUUCUCUGUGACCUGUUCCCCUUGUGGGUCUUGCCAUCCUUGCAAAGAGGGAGGUCAAGGCACCAUCUGCUGUGACUCAGAGCCCGAGUCCCCUCCCCUCACCAAAGGCUCAUUGGAACCAGGAACAUUAAGCGCUGAGGCCCACCUCUGGGCCUCACUCCCCUCCCUGCUCUUCCAGGCCGGGCCCAGAGGCCAGUUCCCGAGUGGACAGUGGCCUCGCUUUCCCCACCCUGGAUGAGGGGAAGCGCAAGGAGGGCGUCUUCAGCCUGGAGGACGCUGGGGGGGGGGUGCUUCAUGAAGGGAGAUGGGGCCACAGGCUGGGGAUGGAAUGAGAAAGGCCCGGAAUGUGCUGGUGCGGGGUAGGAAGUGUCCGAGGGCGGGAGCGAGCCUUGCGAGCAGGCGGCCAGAGGGCAGAGGCUGCUGGAGGCCGCGCGGGCCUUCAGAUCCCCGACUUCCAGCCGCAGCAGGCUCCUCCGGCUUGCUUGCCGGCACCCAGUCUUCAGGAGCCCCUCUGUCCCGCCCCUGUGUCCCCCUGGGUUGGGGCUGAGGGGAGGGCGGCGCUCUGCUCAGAGGCAGGGUUUAGCGGGUGUGGAUUCUGUCCUCCGUGGGCCACCUCCAAGGCACAUGCUGUCCACCGAGGGAGCUGGUAGGGCUCCUGAAGGGCCGUGGCUCCCUGAUGCACGCUGGUGGCCGCUCUGAGGAUUUGGGGUCAGGCUGUGGCUUGGCCCUUGCUGCCUGAGUCACCAAGUCACCUUACCCUGAACAUUCCAGGCCCUUUUUACAAUGUGAGUUGCUUGGGGCCAAAGGCUUGUCCACGGCUUCUUGUUCCUGGGGGUGAGGAUGAAGCCAGGGCCACACCCAGCCUGGCAGUUCCAGACCCUCCAGACUGCUUUGAGGAGAGGUCGGCAGGGCAGAAAAUGACUCGUUCAGGGUCCUCAGGGUGGGGCCCCCGCCCAGCCUUGCACCCUCCCUUGUUCUGCUUCCUGGGGCCCGGGCUGUGGACCCCCAGGACGGGUGGCAGAGGUUGGUGCUCAGGAUCCCUCCACCACCAGCCCUAAUCUCAGAUGCCUCACUAACCUCUCCUACCAACACAUUCCGUCUUAAGAUGUUCUCCUCUAGUGCCUUUUGGUGUUUUCCAGUCUUUCAGACAUUGUAUUGAAAAUAUUAAGUGAACUGUUUAAGCUUCUACUAAUCAAUAAAUGCUUUAUUUAAAGCCA